AUGUGGCUUGAUCGCCUCUCCGGCCAUUCUCCCUCAGGCACGCCCCCUCCGUUCAGUAACCGCAACCGUUCAUACUCUCCAGCUGCCCGGAGAUCCUCGCGACUGUCGCCAGCGCCCCAGAAUGCCCGACCCGCCCUGAACCCUCGAUCGUCGUCGUCCUCCUCCCUGCUCGCGACCCCGAACGAGUCGACAACGUCGUUAUCGGACGCUGCUGGAGCUUCCAAUGGCGUUGUCUCCAAGCCUGGAGCUUCACGACCGCGUCCUGCGGGCGUACCGGAUCCCCUCGAGGUGCUGAACAGGAUCAUUGGGAAGAAGACCCCCGAUCAGCCGGUCGAGACGCCCGCAGAGAAACCAGCACAGCUGGUCGAGGACAUUGACUUUGAAGGUCUCAGUCUGGAGGAGUUCGCUGCUAGCGGGAAAGAAUCGAAUCGGAUUCUCCACAGUGAAGAGGGUGCGCAGACGAUUCAGCAAUUUGAGAGGGAGAGAGACAAGUUCCAGGAUCUCCACAACGCCAUUGCGGACUGCGACGAGGUUUUGAAAUCGGUCGAAUCCUACCUGGCCGACUUUCAGACGGAACUGGGUGUCGUUUCGGCAGAAAUCGAGUCCUUGCAGACUCGAUCCAUUCAACUGAACGCGAAGCUGGAGAAUCGGCGCAAUGUGGAACGCCUCCUGGGUCCGGCGGUGGAAGAGAUUAGCAUCUCGCCCAAGGCUGUCCGCGCGAUCGCAGAGGGCCCGAUCGACGAGAACUGGGUGAAGGCUCUAAACGAAAUCGAGGCUCGCGCGGCAAGCAUUGAGAAUAAAUCUUCCGGCUCACAAAUCAAGGCGAUAGAAGACGUGAAACCCCUCCUGACGGAUCUGAAAAACAAGGCCGUCGAAAGGAUUCGAGACUACUUGGUGUCUCAGAUCAAGGCCCUCCGAUCGCCGAAUAUCAAUGCACAGGUCAUACAGCAGCAGAACUUGGUCAAAUACAAGGAUCUCUAUAGUUAUCUUUUACGAGUGCACCCAACCCUCGCAGAGGAGAUCACGCAGGCGUAUGUCAACACGAUGAGAUGGUAUUACCUGUCCAAUUUCACCCGAUACAGCCAGGCCUUGGACAAGCUCAAGCUCCAUCAGACGGAUCGCAAUGACCUGCUUGCGGGAGAUCCGUCGUCUCAGAGGAGUGGGAAUCUUGUUCCUGGUGGGCACAGGACCCACGACCCAUUCACUCUCGGCAGGAGGAUCGACGUGCUCAAGACCAGGAACCAUAUGGCGAUCUCGUCCUAUGUGGCCGAAGAAGACAAGUCCGUUCACGGGUUCGAAGUGCCAUUCCGGAAUUUCAACCUUGCGUUGGUCGACAAUGUGUCGGCUGAGUAUUCCUUUAUGACGGAGAUGUUUUCGGCCAAGACAUUCCAUCAGAUUUCUCGGAGGGCGAUCGAGAUCUUUGAGCCGCUGUUUGCUCUGGGGCAGAGCCUAACCAAACAGCUCAUCGAGAACACGACCGAUUGCCUGGGGGUGUUGAUUUGUGUGAGGUUGAACCAGCACAUGGCCUUUGAACUGCAGCGGCGCAAGGUGCCCGUAGCGGACUCGUACAUCAACGCGACCAAUAUGCAGCUGUGGCCGCGAUUUCAGCAGAUCAUGGACCUGCACUGCGAGAGUCUGAAGAAAGCGGCGUCCAAUGCGGCGCGGAGCGUCGUAUCUGCUCUAUCGUUGACCGCCGACGAUGCUAAGCAGUCGUCCGCGCCUCAUUUCCUCACGCAGCGAUUUGGCCAGCUCCUGCAUGGAAUACUGGCGCUCAGCAAUGAGGCAGGGGAUGACGAGCCGGUGUCGAACAGUCUGGCACGGCUGACGGCGGAGUUUGAUUCGCUGCUGGCGAAGUUGAGCAGAGGCAUUGUAGACGCAAAGAGCCGGGAGCGAUUCCUCUACAACAACUACUCGUUGAUUUUGACCAUCAUUAGCGAUACGGAUGGCAAGCUCGCCGUGGAGCAAAAAGAGUAUCCUAAUGCAGAUAUAUCAGCGUUGGCUAUUCCUUCCCUAGAUUUGCAACCUGUGUAG